UAGAGAGAGAUAAAGCUCAUGGUAGCCAUCAUUUCUCUCUAUACACUACUUUCUUCUUCUUUCAAAACCUUGGGAUUGAAAGAAGAGCUUCUUCAUGGCAUAUAUAUAGUUUAUUAAUUAACCAUAUGCUUUGACAGAAGGAAAAAAAACAAGAGAGAGAGAGUGAGGGUUUCUUGAUUCAUUGGUUGUUUAUUUGAUUUCAUGGUGUGUGCUUCGUUUCUUUUCAAGGCUGCUUUUUGAUGAGACAUUGAAAGAGUAAAGAGAGGAGUUUGAAAGUAUAUGGCUGUCACCUGAGCAACUGUAGAGAGAGAGAGAGAGAAGGCUUUACUUUCUUAGCUGAAAAAUCUUUUCUUUACAAAAAAGAAAUCAUUAAUCUUGGGAUUUUCAAGUGGUUUAAAACAAAUUAUCACCUCAUUAUGGAGUCUGCAAACAGCCAUCAUCACCACCAAGAUCAACUCCUUGGCUCUUCUCUACCUAACUAUGCCACUCCUUGGCCUCCCUCUUCCUUCUUGAAUUCCAAUUGCUUGAGUGAAACGAAGCAGCAGGAGAAUUCAUCACACACAUCCAUGGAAAUGGGAUUCAGCAAUUGGAGCAACAAUCACUCCGACCAAGAUCUGCAGCAUUACUACCGCAAAUACUCGGACAUACUGAGCUGCGGGGGAAGAGGAGGAGGCGGCGGCGACGAGCAAACCCAAAGAAACCAGCAUCAGCAGCAGCAUAGCUCUGAUCUGCAGCAAAACGACGUCGCAACGAAGUUUCUGCUGAAAUCAUUCUCCUCGUACGGGAAGAUGAAUUCGCCGGAAUUUUACUCCGGCAAUAGUGUUAACCACACGAGGCAGAUUUUUCCGGCCGAGUAUUCGAGCCUGAUCAAUCCAGCGCCGGGAUCUUUGGAUAUGAAUUUGGAGGCGUUGGAUCUCCUGGCGUCGUCUAGGUUUACGGCCAAUUUUCCGCCGGCGGCGGCUUCGCACAGUCAGAUUGGGAUUUUGAGGGAUGAGUUUUCUAGUUAUGGUUUGGAUCAGAUGCACCAAUCCCUUCAGAUCCCAUUUUAUGGCUCUAAUAAGGUGUCAUCAGUUUCAAGCAAUGGAGUAGUAACAGAAGCAAAACGCAACACCAACAAAAUGGAGCCAAAGUCGCAAAUUCAAAAACCGCCUAAGAAAUCGCGGUUAGAAGCGCGAUCUUCUAUCCCUCCAUUUAAGGUGAGAAAAGAGAAAUUGGGAGAUAGAAUUGCAGCACUUCAACAAUUGGUAGCACCUUUUGGCAAGACAGACACAGCAUCGGUACUAAUGGAGGCCAUUGGAUACAUCAAAUUUCUACAGACACAAGUAGAGACUUUAAGCGUUCCUUAUAUGAAGGCCUCACGGAACAAGACCAAUAGAGUAACAAAAGGGGGUGCAGUUGAUGAGAAUGGAAGCUACGAAGAAGCAAAGGGUGACCUGAAAAGCCGAGGGUUGUGUUUGGUCCCAUUAUCGUGCUUGUCUUACAUAACCGACAGUGGCGGUGGCGCAGCCGUUUGGCCGCCGCCUCACUUUGGCGGCGCCACCUAGUGAAGUGAAUGUCUGGACGGAGCCUUCAAUUUGUAUGAUUUUGAUGACUAAAUUUAACUUAGCUUUUGAGAGUAUUUUCAUGCUUAAUUUGAUAUAAUGGAGCAAACUUGGUCAUCCUACAAAAGGAGAGAAAUGAAAAGGAUGGACCAAGUUUGAUCCAUUAGUAGUCAAGUGUGAUUUCCUAGUCCAAGUUAAUUACAUUGUCUAUGCAAUUAACCAAUUCGACGAUUAUGUUUUAGUAUUAUUUAAUUUAUGUCCUUAUAAACACACAAUUUAAAAUA